AUUCACAUCAUAUUGUUGUAACACACGGAUUCUAUCAAAAAAAAGUAACACAUGGACUCUAUCAAGGAACUGCAAGUUGCUCAUUAUCAAUUUUUUGAAGCAAUUUAUUUAUUUUAUAAUGUUCUAAUGGCUGACAUUUUGUUGAUUAGUUUGACCUUUGAUGUGAGAUUGUCGUGUGUUGCUAAGGGAGGAGGGACGUAUAUGUGAAUAGUGGAAAGGCGCAUUGAAUAACAUAAAAACACAUUUGGAUCAUGACACGUUGGCAAACGGAAGAAUUUCAAACGGUAUUGAAACCCUUGCUUGGUGUAGGGUGUUGACAAAAUAGCAAAGGAUUUAUCAAAACAAAACUAGUUAUCAAAACGUAAAUUUCAUAAAUAUGUAUAAAUCUUUGCAAGUGAUAUGGUGUUCCUUGGCUAUAUAUAUAGUUUGUCUCUCAGUAUGGGCAAAAAGCUGUAGUGAGGAUGGCGCCUGUAAUGAUGUUGUAACCAUGCCAUUAACGGAUAAUUUGGGAGCGACAUUAAAAGCUGAUUUAGAUGUUAAGAAUCUGAACAAACAUUUAAAAGCUUACAUAGAAUUAGAAAUGAAGAAAGUUUUUGAAGCAACCGCAAAGAAUGUGAGGACACUAGUGGAGAAGGAAAUUGAGGAAUUGAAUUCAACAGUUCAGGAAAACCUGUCAGGUGUGACAUACAUACGAUGGGGAAGGAAAGAUUGUCCAAGUGGUGCAGAACUAGUUUAUACAGGACAGGCCGGAGGUAAUCAUUAUAUGGCCAAAGGAGGCGGUGUCAAUUACCUGUGUCUACCAAAUGAUCCAGAAAAUGGAGAAUUCAAUUCGUAUGGAAAUGACCAGAUAUAUGGUAGUGAAUACGAGAUCUCGUAUGCAUUCACACCAACAGGAUGGCCUAAAAGUAUCCACAAUAAGGAGGUACCUUGUUCAGUCUGCUUCCGGAAACAUAAAUCCGCCAUGAUAAUGAUUCCAGGUCGGAAGACAUGCUACAGAGGUUGGAAUACAGAGUAUCAUGGAUACUUGAUGAGUGACCAUGUCUCUCAUGUCAGGGUCGACUAUGCCUGUGUUGACAGAAAUCCAGAACCGAUGGACACUUCAAAUACUAUAAAUGAGGAUGGAGCUCUGUUAUAUACCAUACGAGCAAAAUGUGGGAGUUUGAAAUGCCCACCGUACACCAAUGGCGCAAUUGUUCUUUGUUCUGUGUGCACAAAAUAAAGGAUAAAGAGAAAUAAAGUCAUCUGGAUAUGUGCCAAAAAUAUCAAUAUUCAGUGACACUAGUUAAUUGAUUGGGUAGUUUGUGGUGUUUAUGCAAUGUACAAAUUGUCUGUGUUUGUUUUGAUGUCUCUUUUCUGUUUUACUUUCGUGUUUCCAAUAUUGCUUUUUAGUUAACCGGGCACGAAAGGCCCCAUUUGAGCUUAUGCCAUAACUUGGCGUCCGUCGUCUGUCGUCGUCCGUCGUCUGUCGUCUGCCGUCGUCGUCGUCCGUCGUCGUCGUCGUCCGUCGUCGUCGUAAACUAUUUCAAGAAUCUUCUCCUCUGAAACUUCUGGGCAAAAUACCUUCAAACUUAAACUUAAUGUUCCGUAGGGUAUCUAGUUAAUAAAUUGUAUCCGAAGUUUUGAUCCAUCAAUAAACAUGGCCGCUAUGGCUAAAAA